ACAAUCGAUCCAAGCGGCCCAUCAGACGGGCUCUGAUUCGCAAUUUUUUUCUAAAUUUUAGUCCGACCAAAUUUUCGUACUCAAGUUCUUUUAGAUUCAUAGUUUUAUUUAUUUCUUUUUACACCGGAUUUAUCAAAAUUAUCAGUAUACAUCAUGCAGAGGGAGUGCAUUUCGGUGCACGUGGGGCAGGCGGGCGUGCAGAUGGGCGUGGCGUGCUGGCAGCUGUACUGCCUCGAGCACGGCAUCCGGCCCGACGGGACGCUGCCCGCCUGCGACUCCGACCCCAACGGGGCGGAUUCCUGCUUCAAUACUUUCUUCUCGGAGGCGGAUAGGGGCAAGAUGGUGCCGAGGGUCGUCAUGGUGGACCUGGAGGCUACUGUUAUCGAUGAGGUCCGCACGGGAGAAUACCGUCAGCUCUACCACCCUGAGCAGCUGAUCACGGGCAAAGAGGACGCGGCGAACAAUUACGCGCGAGGACAUUACUCCACCGGUCGCGAGGUUCUUGGACCUGUUAUGGAACGCGUCAGGAAGCUGGCUGACCAAUGCACGGGAUUACAGGGUUUCUUCGUGUUCCACUCGUUUGGCGGCGGCACCGGCUCCGGCUUCACGUCGCUACUCAUGGAGAAGCUAUCUGACGAGUUCGGCAAGAAGAGCAAACUGGAGUUCGCUAUUUACCCGGCACCACAAGUAUCAACAGCAGUGGUAGAGCCGUACAACGCGGUGCUGACGACACACGCGACCAUCGGCCACUCGGAUUGUGCCUUCAUGGUGGACAACGAGGCCAUCUACGAUAUCUGCCGGAGGCGGCUGUCCAUCGAGCGACCUUCGUAUGCCAAUCUGAACAGACUUAUAUCACAGGUGGUGUCGUCAAUCACAGCGUCUCUGCGAUUCGACGGCGCGCUCAAUGUGGACCUGACCGAGUUCCAGACUAACCUGGUGCCGUACCCGCGCAUUCACUUCCCACUUGCCGCCUAUGCGCCUGUCGUUUCAGCUGACAAGGCAUACCACGAAGGCAUGUCAGUCUCAGAGAUCACAGCAGAACUGUUCGAGCCUCAGAACCAGAUGGUGAAGUGCGACCCUCGCGACGGGAAGUACAUGGCUUGCUGCCUGUUGUACCGGGGGGACGUCGUGCCCAAGGAUGUCAACGCUGCUAUCGCGGCCAUGAAGGGACGCGCGGGUAUCCGGUUCGUGGACUGGUGUCCUACGGGAUUCAAGGUGGGCAUAAACUACCAGCCCCCAUCGGUGGUGGUGGGCGGCGACCUGGCGCAGGUGAAGCGAGCCGCCUCCAUGCUGUCCAAUACCACCGCCAUCGCCGAGGCGUGGGGCAAGCUCGACCACAAGUUCGACCUCAUGUACUCCAAGCGGGCCUUCGUGCACUGGUACGUAGGCGAAGGUAUGGAAGAAGGCGAGUUUUCCGAAGCACGGGAGGACCUGGCGGCGCUCGAGCGGGACUACGACGAGGUCGCCAUCGAGACGUCCGACAUGCAGCCCGGCUGCGACGACGAGCUCUGACGUCACCGCCGCGACGUCAUCUGGCGCCGUUCAGUUGUGACGUCACGCGAACUCGCCGCAUGCGAUGCGAGACUGCCAGCUCCACGGUUUAACAAAGCUAAUAGAAAAUUGAGAUCAUGGAAAUGUGUCGCCGAACCAGACAAAAUUAUUGGAGGAAAAACUCGCGAUGUCUUCAGACUUCACAAACUUUGAAAUUUUGGAGAAUCUGUCUAAAGCUAUGUUGAAGAAUAACAGGCGAAGUUACACAAAGAAGUUCCAUAAUAUCUAGCCAAGAUGCUAUAGUACUCAACACAAUCCAGACCUACCAGCAAAUUUAUGCCUACCUGAUCCAUACCUAGCCGACUGUGCACAGUCCGCGUCGGACGCUGGCCUCAGCUGGCAGGCGGCCGGGCAGUCGUCGCCGGAGCGGACGCCCAAAACCGCGGCCGCUUUGAUAAUGUUAAAUAUGGCAGUUCAGUCGAAAUUAAUUAAAGGUACGAAAAUGUCCGCCGAGGUCGGGCGGUGCUCGAGUUGCCUCAGCUACUGAGGCGUGAAGGGAACGAAGAAACAAUGGAAGAUCGUGGAGUUGUACAGUUGCCUCUGACUUGUCACUUCUGUGGAAAACUAUCAAGAAAGAUCUAUCAAAUCUGAUAAUUAAGCCCGAGAACACUCCCUCACCGUUUUUCAGUUUCUUCUCCCAGCAGUCUUGCGACGUCUUUUAUAUUUUUUUUAUUUUUGGAUUUUUGCUAAAUUUUCUCAGCAAAUACUGGACGGAGAAACUAUAUUUUUGGAGAAUUUUACACAUUUUACUAUGUAUUUACGCAUGAUUUUUGGACGUGUUUUGUGGCGAAUCGCGCAGUGUGCGGAGGGAUCGCGUUAUUGUAAGUGUAAUGUGUAGUUUGUGUCCGUCCGUGUAUGUGUAAAACAAUGAAAAAUCGA